UAAUAUGUGAAUCCUGGUUGUUUCAGAGCUUCCCAGGCGACUCGAACUAGGGUUUUCACUCUCCUAAACAUAAAAUCCUCCCUUUCCCUCCAACUUUUUAAACAAAGAGUGAAGAAUGGCAAGACGGUUCCAGGCAGCUGCGCUUGUUGCUGCUCCUAAUUACCCCAACGUCAUCGCCUGGUCCGAUGAAAAUCUAAUUGCCGUUGCUUCUGAUCAUCUCGUCACCAUUCUUAAUCCGUCAUUUCUUUCUGGUCCUAGAGGCUUGAUUACAAUUGAAGAUAGUAAACCACAUCCAAUUGGUGUAGUUAAAAGAGAAGAUUUACUUAGUGGUUGCUUGCUUUCCACCUGUUUGCAUCGAGAUCGCCAUCCUUGUGUUCGAUCGAUUUCAUGGUCUCCUAUUGGAAUGGCUGCCAACUCAGGGUGCUUGUUGGCAGUUUGCACUACAGAAGGACGUGUGAAGGUUUAUCGUCCUCCAUUUUGUGAUUUUGGGGCCGAAUGGAUAGAGGUCAUGGAUAUAUCAGACAGACUAUAUGAUUACCUUGCAAAUAUUGAUUUUGAAGAGUUGAACAAUUCUUCUACCAAAUCUUUUGUUGGGGAAGCAACAGAACAUGCUUCUAUUGAUGACAUAACGAACUCCAUACCAAGAAAGAAGCAGAAGCAAAGAAGAGUUAGUAAUGAUGCUUCUAGAAGUAGCAAGGGUGCCAAUGUUGGGUCUAGUGAAUCUACUGAAAUGGCCAGGGUAAUGGAGAUAAAAUCUGAUAAGCUGAAAGGAAAAAAUUCUCGUCGGAUAUUCUCGGUGACUAAAUCUAAAAGAAAACUUGUCAACGAGAUAUCCAGUAACUGCACACUCCCACUAAUAGCUCCUUUUGAGUAUGCCUCUUGGAGUGCAAUGCUGCAUUCACUUGUUGUUGCCUGGUCACCAAUGUUGAGAUUGUCAUCCAAAAAUUGUCCAAUUGUUCAAAAUGGUUCAUCCAAUCAAUUCUCUGUAUUGGCAAUUGGUGGGAAGUCUGGUAAAAUUUCAUUUUGGAGAAUUUUUUCUCCAAAAUUUUACUCCAUUGAGCAUAGCAAGAUUGAUACCACUUUAGUGCAAGUUGGGCUCCUUCAGGCACACAAUUCUUGGAUCACUGCUAUCAGUUGGGCAUUACUGUCUUCUAAUUCUUCAAAUCCUCAAGUUUUAUUGGUUACUGGGAGUUCUGAUGGGAGUGUGAGGAUUUGGACUGGGUAUAGUGAGGAGUUGCUAAAUUCUGUAGAAGUUCAUCAUGCUCCAUUUUCCAUAUUGAAGGAGGUUAUAACUAUUAAUAAUGUCCCAAUCUAUGUCCUCUCACUUUGUGUGCCUGCUCGAUCCUCACACCAAAUGCUGUUAGCAAUAGGCAAAGGAUCUGGAUCCUUUGAUGUAUGGAUAUGUGACAUAUCUAGCAACAAGUUUGAUAAAGCUGGCUCAUAUGAUGCUCAUGACCAAGUUGUUACAGGUUUGGCUUGGGCUUUUGAUGGUUCUUCUCUCUAUAGCUGUAGUCAGGAUAAUUUUGUGCGUAGCUGGGUUUUAUAUGGGAAUACCCUCUCUGAAGUACCCAUUCCCUCCAACACUCCUGGUCUGAAGAGCCCCACUGAUCUUCCAGAUGUAUUUGUAUCUUGCCUUGGUUUGGCAGUGUCCCCUGGAAAUCUUAUUCUUGCUAUGGUCCGUAAUUUUGAUCUUGAUUCAUUGGAUCACAUGUACCAGGCAAGGGCUCACAAGGCUGCCAUUGAGUUUUUCUGGAUUGGUGGGCAACAACUAGAUGUUUUGCCAAACACUUCUCAGGAGUAUGGUCUUGAAGCUUUUCCUGAUUUUUCUGAGAAGGAAUUGGCUAGUUGGGAGUCCAAUAUUUUGUGGUCUUUAAAGCAGUAUGAAGAUCAAGAUAAGCCUUUGGUUGUUUGGGAUGUCAUAGUAGCACUACUGGUUUUCAAGAGGUCUAUACCAAAGUAUGUAGAAUGUGCACUGGUCAAGUGGCUGUCAACAUUUUAUCCGGGAUCCCAUGUGUCCUGUUCUACAGAAAAGGUUCUGUCAAAUCUUCAUAAAAAUCUCUCAAAGAAUAGUUCUCGUCGAUUGCACCUUCUCAAUAUUAUCUGUAGAUAUGUAAUGCUAACAGAGGUGAAGGCUGAUGAUAUUAACAACAAACAUCAGAAAUCAAGAAGACUAUGUGGCUCCGAAGAGGAGCAGCUUACUGUUUGGAUGGAGUUACUUUUGAACAGUGAAAGAGAGCUCCGUCAAAGGCUUGUGAGUCUCAGUUUUUCUGCUUUUAUAACUCUCACCUCCCAUUCAACCUCAACUAGUGUUCAAGCUAGUUGUUGGUGUCCUGAUGGAAUUUCACAAAUGGAACACUGGGUUGCACAUAAUUAUGAAACUUCAGAGGAUCAACUAAAAGCCCUCGCAUCAGAAGUUGUAGGACGGAGAAGGAGGAUUCUUUCCACUAAAUAUGUAGAGGAAGAGAAAUGUAGCUAUUGUUUGGCACCUGUCCCUUUCAAUUCCCCAGAAGUUGCUGUUUGCCAAGGUAGCCAGAACCACAAACUAGUAAGAUGUGCCGUUUCUAUGCAGGUUUGCCCUACUACUCCUCUAUGGUUUUGCAAGUGUUGUCAUAGACAGGCUUCCAAGUUGGCAUCAGAGUCUCUUUUUAAAAUGCCUAAAUAUCCAGUAGAUUUCAAGAACUUAAAAGAAUAUUCUGUUCAAGAAGAAAUCUCAAAACCCUUGUGUCCCUUUUGUGGGAUACUUCUACAGAGAUUACAGCCAGAAUUUUUACUCUCAGCAUCACCAGUGUAAGCUACGCGCUUUUUGUAGUUUAUGGUGUCAUGUAGGUAAUCAUUGUAAAAUCAUAUAGCAUCAAAGUAGAAAAGCAAAAUGCCAAUGAAGUUUCAAGCAUUCGGAUUUAACUCAUUGGCAUUCAGAUUCUUCAUCUUGAAGCAAAGCUUCAAAUGCCCUCAUGAGUGAAUUACAUGUCUGUUGUGUAUGAUUGUCAUCAGGGAUAGUCACUCAUGAGAUUAUGUGACAUGAGCAAGUUAAUGUAACAAUCGUCAUAACUUAUGUGUAUAGCUGGUUUGUAUAGAUUAGUGGCGUUUCUCUGUUAGAGUGAUCUAGAGCAUUGCUUUCGGAUGUUACACAAUCUUAAUGUUGUUAGUGUUUAUACGAUGAGAUUUCACUUCUGUUGUAACGUCUGAACUGUGUAAUUAUUUU